AUGUGUCUGAACGGGGGAGCCAAGAACAUCCUGUGCCAGGCACUGGAGGCCUACGCAGCCAUCUGCAAGAAACAGGGCAUCACCGUCUAUGACUGGAGGACACCAUCCGGCUGUGUCCUGCCCUGCCCAGAGAACAGCCACUACGAGGCCUGUGGGAACGCCUGCCCAGCCAGUUGCUCUGACCGAACUGCCCCCUCCUCCUGCCGGGAGCCCUGCGUGGAGACCUGCCAGUGUGACAACGGUUACGUCCUGAGUGCCGGCCAAUGUGUCCCCGUGGGGAGCUGUGGCUGUGACUACAAUGGCCGCUACUACAAACCCAGUGAGGAGUUCUGGGCCGAUGAGAACUGCCGCUCUCGGUGCAGGUGUGAUCCCAGCCUGGGCAUGGUGGUUUGCCAGGAGACCAGCUGCAAGGCCAGCGAGAGAUGCGCCGUGAUCAACGGGGUCCGUGACUGCCACGCAAUCAGCUACUCCACGUGCAUGGCCUCCGGGGACCCUCACUACACCACCUUUGAUGGGAAAAAGUAUGAUUUCAUGGGCACCUGCAUCUACCAGCUGGCUGGGGUCUGCUCCAAGGACCCCACGCUCACCCCGUUCAACAUCAAGGUGGAGAAUAACAACCGUGGCAGCAAGGCCGUGUCCUACACCAAAACGGUGACCUUGGAGGUGUACGGCAGAAACAUCACUGUCAGCCAGCAAUAUCCCCGCAAGAUCAAGGUGGAUGGAGUCUUCACGAACCUGCCAUUCUACCAUGAGGAGAAGCUACAGGCCUAUGUCAGUGGAUCCCACAUUGUCAUCAAGACUGCCUUUGGCCUGAGAGUGACCUUCGACGGGAGCAGCCUGGUCCGGGUCACUGUGCCCAACACCUACGCCAGCGCCCUCUGCGGACUGUGUGGUGACAACAACCAAACUGCCAGUGACGACCUGACCAUGAGGAAUGGGAGCCGGGCAGCGAACGCCGUCCAGUUCGCACAGAGCUGGAAGGUGGGGGAGGUCCCUGGAUGCUUGCCCAGUUGCACCACGGACUGCCCAGUCUGCAGUGAGGCUCAGAGACAACCCUACAAGGGAGAUCGGUACUGUGGGGUCAUCACCAGAGGGGACGGGCCAUUCAGAGAGUGCCAUGAGAUCAUCAACCCAGCCCCCUUCUUCGACGACUGCGUCUUUGACGCAUGCCAGUACAAGGGUCACCGGGAUGCUCUCUGCAGCGCAAUCAGCGCCUACGUGACAGCCUGCCAGGCCAGGGGCAUCCAGAUAGGGCAGUGGAGAUCGGCCUUAUUCUGCAGUGCCACCUGCCCUCGUAACUCCCACUACGAGCUCUGUGGGAGCGGCUGCCCUGCCACCUGCCAUGGCCUCUCGGCGCCAAAUGGGUGCGACACUCCCUGUGCUGAAGGUUGUUUCUGUGAUUCCGGGUUCCUCCUGAGUGGAGACCGGUGCGUCCCCAUCGCGCAGUGCGGCUGUGUGCACCAGGGCAGGUACUACAGGAAGGGAGAGGAGUUCUACACCAGCACCUCCUGCCAGGAACGGUGCCGGUGCCAAGACAACGGGGUCGUCGAGUGCCGGGAGGCCUCCUGCAGAGCCAACGAGCAGUGCAGGGUGAAGAAUGGAAUCCUAGGCUGCCACGCCGUGGGCUGCAGCAAAUGUGUAGCGUCUGGUGACCCUCAUUAUCUGACCUUUGACGGACGGGCCUUUGAUUUCCAGGGCACUUGCACUUACAGCUUAGCCAGAGUCUGCAGCAGUGACGCUGGGCUGGCAAAUUUCUCUGUGAUGGUAGAAAAUGAGAGCUAUGGUAAUGGGCAAGUGUCAGUGGCACGGCUGGUGGUGGUCUCCGUUCAUUGUUACACCAUCACCAUGGAGAGGGGAAGGAAGUGGAAAGUCAUGGUGGACGGGGAGCUCUACACUCUCCCGCUGGCUAUGAACGACGGGAAACUUCAGAUCAACCAGGAGGGGAACAACAUCAUUGUCCAGUCUGCCUCUGGCCUCAAAGUCCUUUACGACACCUCCUAUUAUGUCCUAGUCUCCAUCCCUAGCUCCUACAAGGGACACGUGUGCGGCUUGUGCGGCAACUUCAACGGUGACAAGAACGACGACUUCCUGCUGCCCAGUGGAAAGAGCGCCCAGAACGCGGAUGAGUUUGGGGCCUCCUGGAAGGUGCCCAUUGAUGGUGCCACAUGCACCAAUGGCUGUGGGGAAAGAUGCCCGGUCUGUGAUGCAGCUAAAACAGCGCCAUACAAGGUCGAUAGCUCCUGUGGGUUGAUCAGAGCGACAUCAGGUCCCUUUAAAUACUGUCACUCACUGGUCAGCCCUACCGAGUAUUUCAACCAUUGUCUCUAUGACAUGUGUGCUGCCAAUGGAGCAAGAGAAAUCCUCUGCCAGAGUGUCCAGGCCUACACUGCCGCGUGCCAGGCAGCUGGAGCCACAGUCAGUGCCUGGAGAACAGCCUCCUUCUGCCCUUUCACCUGCCCGGCCAACAGCCACUACGAGCUGUGCACUAGAUCCUGCGAUUUCACAUGUGCUGGCUUGUUCUCCCCUGCCCAAUGCACUGCAAAAUGCUUUGAAGGCUGCCAGUGUGACGCAGGCUACGCAUUCAAUGGGGAAACGUGCACGUCCAUGGAAGGAUGCGGCUGCGUGCGUGACGGACGCUACAUCAAGGCUGGGGAGAGCAUCAUCUCCAGUGCUUGCUCCGAGAAGUGCACCUGCCAGGCCUCAGGCGGGCUUGUCUGUGAGCCACACAGCUGCUCCAACGAAGAAAUCUGUGCGCUCCAGGAUGGAGUGCGUGGCUGUGUGAAGCAGGAAGGCCGGUGCACACUGCUCCCCGGAGCCCAGCUCACCUCCUUCGACGGCGCCUCUGGAGGAGAUCUCCACAGUGGAGCUUACGAGCUGGUCUCUCUCUGCAACAACAGCGCCCCCUCCUGGUUUAGGGUGGUGGUGGACAUCAGGGCAUGCAGUGACGGGGCAACAAUGGCUGGGACAACCGUCUACAUUUUCUUCCGAGAUGCUUUCAUAGCUGUGAAAAGGAACAAGGAGACCUGGGUGAACGGGCGCCUGCUGCAGCUGCCGGCGAACGUCUCCGAUGCCGUGUCUGUGAGCAGGUCUCAGGGCGGCGUGGCCGUGGUCCAGGCCUCGGGAAUGCAGCGAGAGCCUGGCUAA